AUGCCUCGGUGGCUUCUCAUGGGUUUUGGGAAAGGAUAUAAUUGGUUGUGGAGCUUCGUAUGGCGUAGGGAAUUGCGGCCUCGAGAUGUUACUGAAAAAUCGAGCCUGGACAUUCUGUUGAAUCAUGUAUGCCCUUCGAUUCAUGGGGGAGAUAAACUCGCGUGGACUUUUAACAAGUCUGGGCUAUUUUCAACAAAAUCUUUUUGUUAUGAACUGGACAAGCUCAUGCCCCAGCCUCAACAUGACGCCAUUAAAGGAUCAUGGCAGGGCCUUGUGCCACAUAGAAUUGAGGUCUUCAUAUGGACCGCAAUGAUUGGAAAAAUAAAUACACGUCAAAAGCUUGCAUCCUUUGGUAUAAUUCCUGUGGAAGAUAGCAGAUGCCCUAUGUGUAAUGCCUCUCCAGAGACAAGUGAUCAUCUAUUGCUUUACUGCACUUUUGCCCAAAAAUUAUGGGAUUGGUGGCUAGAUACAUGGAAGGUUAAAUGGGUCAUCCCUAUGAGCCUAAGGAUGGCUUUUGAUCAAUGGCAAUGUAGUUCGAAAAACUCUUUCUUCAAGGAAAUAUGGGUCUCAUGCUUUUUCAUUAUAUUGUGGUCGGUGUGGAAAGAACGUAAUCUUCGCAUCUUUAACAACAAAUCUUCUUCUCUCAAGGACAUUAAAGACAUGAUCCUUCUUAGACUUGGAUGGUGGAUAAGUGGUUGGUCUGAUAAAUUUCCAUACUCUCCUAUUGAAGUUCAAAGGAAUCCAUCGUGCCUCUUAUGGGACGAAACCAGUGGCUCUUUGAAGAGUCGUGUUGUAGCAGUGGAGUCAUGGCAGCCUCGUGGGGUCUCAAGUGUAAAGUGGAACGUUGAUGCAUCGUUUAAUCCACUUGCGCCAUGUUCAGCUAUCGGAGGGGUGCUCAGAAACCAUCAUGGAAAUUUCAUGUGCGUGUUUUCCUCUCCUAUCCCAAGCAUGGAGAUAAAUAGUGCAGAAAUUCUGGCUAUCGAUCGGGCAAUAUCAAUCUCUCUUGCGUGUGACAUAAUAAAAGAUGCCAAAAUAAUCCUUGAAUCGGAUUCGGCAAAUGCGGUUGAGUGGUGCAAUAAAGAUGAAGGAGGGCCUUAG